GUGGUUAAACACAAGUAUUAGUUUAAAUAUAUGAAAACACUUACGAUUUUGUUUUUGGCCAUUUCAUCUAAACGUUGCUUUUUUAUGCUUCAUUGAUUUUUGUGUACACUUGCUUUACCUGUGUUGAAUAAAAACGAACAAAACCAAUAAAAAAAAAUAUAUUUUUUUUUGGCGUUGGUUUUUAUUUUCUAUAAGUUUAUCUUGUUUUUUUUUUACUUUUUAAGGACUACUUUCAACGUUGUUCAAUGAGCGCUUCUGAAGUCCUAGCAAGUCCGUUUGCACCUUUUUCUCGACCUACUGGCGUAGGUAGUUAUAACCAGAGUACUAACUUCACAGCUUACCCUCAAAGACCUCAGAGCAUGAACAAUUCUCAUCUUCAUAAUGGAAUGCCUCAGAGAGCAGGUUUGAAGUUCAGAAGGCGAACCGAGGCUGUAAACUGGCGUCUCCUAGCUGGAGUUGACAUCGAUCGAAUUACAGAAGAGACGGAUUUCGGAAGUCUGCAGCAAAAUUUGCUCCAUGUCACCUUCUGCAAUAUAGACUCUGAAGUGGACUGGCGUUAUGGAGUAGAUCCCAAUUUGAUCAAAUUGUUCAAAUUGUCGCAACUUAUCUCGGAGUAUCUCUUACAUUCACAGGAGUAUCUGACGGAAACUAUCAAUUUCCUGGAGCUGAAAUGUAAGAAACUACAACAGCUCAAUGACUCAUUGGGAAGCAGAUGUGAUAAACAGGAGGGUGAAGUUAUGGAGUUGAAGAAGGAGGCGAAAAAGAAGAAGCAGUUCAUUAAGGAGUUGCAGGCCAAGAUAGCUGCAGGCGCCCAGCAGUACUUUCCCUGUUCGAUCUGUGAGAAGAGUUUUAUGUCGGACUACUUCUUGCAACAACACACCCAGAGGAGACACCCCGAGGCACUCAAACCCAGUCCUCGGCUAGAGGGGGACACCCACAGUGACCGGGUGGGGGAGCUGGAGAGAGAACUGACUACUUUGAAGGAGAGACUGAAUAACACAGAGUUGUCCCUUGAAAGAGCUAGAAACGACAGUUUCUUGAAGGAGCAGAUCGAGUUGCUCAAAACAACUACUCUUGCCAAUAUAUCUGAAGGUCAAGUGUUGAAGAACGGUCACCAAGGUGGGGGUCAACAGGAGGUCAGCUCUUUCCAGGAGAAGAUUCUGCUGCAGUUGAGCGAGCUGCAGACUAAGUAUGCAGAAGCACAAGUGGCAUUGGCCAAUCAGAACAGCAGACCUCAAAAAGCGACCAAUGGUUACAAUGAUGAUGAAAUGCGAGAACUGGCGCUCUAUCAGGAGAAGCUUCGCAGACUCGAAGUCGAAAAUGAAUCUCAGCGGCUCCUGUUGGAAAGAGUUCAAAACACGAGUCGCCACGAAAUCGUCCAAAAUGACAUUUCCGACCACUCCUCAUCAAGAGACAAAAGAAAACCGAAAAUUCGCUCGGUGCCACAGCAAUCUACACCUAAAGCUCAGAAAAGCGAUAGGCACAUAGGCCGAAACGGUGACAGUGACGAGUUUGACGGAAGAGUGAGUUCUUGGCGCCAAGAGCACGCAGUUGAGUCGCCGGCGGCUAAGCAUCCAGAUAGUCGGCUAAUUAUGUCUUCGGCUGUUCAGAAUUUUAAUGAACCAGAUUUUGCUGAAGUGGAACCUGUCGAAACAUCGACUGCUCUCAACACAACUACUGUUGCAGUAUCGUCAGAAGUGUCGCGUCAAAAAAACCCAAAAGAAUCCACAAAGGGUUCUAAAAAAGCGCCCGAAGUUCAAGACUUCAGUCCCAAAUCCGACCUAAACGUCGGCAAUUCAAAAGUUGCUGCAGCAAAAAAGCCGAUAGACGACUUGGUCGAAUGGUACAAAUCAACUCGUAGACCUAAUUUAGCCUCCUAUCAUGACCUCAAAAAAGUAGCGGAUGGUAACUUAGCUUCUUCGAGUGGAGAUAGGAAGCGAAAAAAGGUCAACUUCGAUGAGCAAAGUGAAGAAAGCAGAAAUGAGGUGGAAAUCCCUGCGACCUUCAGUCGAUCUCAGCGUCUUGCGGGAGCCCUAGAAAGUGACCCCAGGAUUCUGGCCAACUUGAGACCUGAGAUGGAAAAUAUCAUGGCCAAGGAACUGAAGAAACUAGGGAUUCCAGAGGAUUCAGAUAGGAUUUCUUCGAAGACUCUCAGCUCGAAACUUAGAAUUCUUGGAGAACAGAGGGCGCAAUCGUACAAGGGAAGAGAUCUAAGUCGAUUGAGGGCGGAGUAUUCGAAGGAUAUUGACGAAAUUGCGAGAGAAAAGCUACAGAAACUAGGAAAGUUUCGACCGGAGAUGAAAGGCUUGACUGCUGAAAACAUGCCACUAGAUGCAAACAGUUCAGAACAUACCCGCAGAAGUCCUGGUGCCAAGCGAGUUCUGUUUGAUGGACAGAAAAACACAAAUAAAGUUGUGACUCCGCAAAGAGUUUCGGCUAAAACUGUUGGUUCGCAACCAGAAUCCGCCCCAAAUGUUCGUCCGAGUUCGGCUGUCAGACCCGAGAGUAAAACCCGAUUUAAAGACCUCAUUUCAGACGACUUGAGUUUCUCCGAGUCCGAACGAGAAGUGUCCUCGCCGAAACGAGCCCAGACUCUUUCCGUAACAUCAUCAGUCGGAAAGACAAUGACAACAGUCCCGCAAGCGGCUGUUCGGAAACAGGUGGCUGGGGGUGGAAUGGAGGUUGUCGGAAGCGGAGGCGAUGCAGGCGGAGGAGGAGUGUCAUCGCGUGGAGGAGUGGGUAUAAACAGAAGUCUUUCGAGUGGUUCGGAGAAAUUCAGACCUCAAACGAAUGGACUUGUCAAUGGAGGCGCAUCAGCCGGAAUUGUGGCAACAUCCACCUUGUUGGACGAGAGUGAGGAAGAUUCGGACUGGGACAAAAGCAUUGAGAUGGCAAACAUGAUGCCUGGUCCGUCUCCUAAGCCUCGUGCGACCAAUCAGAAUGCUUCGUUUGGAUCAACCAAUGGCGUCCAAGCUGCGGCAAGGAAUCUAGAAUCUAAGCUACUCGCUCGGCCGUCAAGUGCGGGCAAGAUAGCGGGGUCAGUUGAUGUCGGCAUGGGAGCCGGAGGAGGAGCAGGGGUUCGAAGUCAUCACCAACAGGGCAACCCUAACAGGAGUGGAGGAGGAGGCAAUGGGGGGUCAGCACUUGGGACGGCGGACAGUGACAGCAGUGAGCCAUUCACCGAUGAUGACGUCAGCAAAAACAACAGCUCAGCGGCUCAUGCUCCAGUGUCUAAAGCCAGAGAUGGGGGAUCGAACCCAGUGCCUGUCAUGUCGAGUACACUGCGAACCGAAAGUAACAACGGAAACGCAUCAAACAGGACGGCGGCGACGCUACCUUCUCAUAAAACACCCAACUUUUCGAGAGAUAAGCCGACUGUAAACUCUUCAAUGACAGCUACUAACCGAGGGAGUAUGGUAUCAGUCACUUCAUACGACUCAGACUUGUCCGAUUUCAGUUUCUAGAGAUCAUUCUCAUGUAAAGAUUAACAAAAAGAACCCAUAUGCACAGAAAAAUCCAUGGAGCAGGAAAAAUUCACGCUGAGAAAAAAGAUCAGACGCCACGUGAAUAAACGAAAAUGUUCACGUAAAUACAUGUAUUAGAGUUGAUGUUAAAGCCUCUCUUAAUGCCAUCAAAAUAAGGCUAAAACGGUUUCUGAAAAGUGAAAAAUUUAACCUUUUUGUUUACUUAGACCUUUUUUCUACGAAGCUGCCAUCCUGGUUUCGUCAUUCUUUUUUUGGGCUUUAUUAUUUUUUAAAACAAAAACAACAUUUGGUUUUAAAAAUGGGUCAUGUUUAAUGGAUGUUUUCAUGGCUAUGGGGAAUGCGCUUUUGUGGCUAAAGUUUUGGUUUCAAUUAGCAAUCAUGUAAACCCAUAUUUUGAAUGAAACUUUACUUCAAAGUAUUGGCAAAAAUGUUUGUCUUAUUUUGAAUGGUUGUCGUAUGACAAAGUAUGUUUCGAAUGUCCAGUUCGUAAUUAUGUAAAUAUGUUAACUUGAUUUCUGUUGAAGGUUUGUUCCAUAUCUCUCAACUGUUCACUGAUUCAAAUUUGCAAUUACAAAAUAAUAAUUUUUUUAUAAACAAUGUUUUAGUAAAUAAACUUUGAAAACUAAA